AUGGAUAUUUAUGGAUAUUUUCUAAUGAUGACGGUCAUAACAAUGACUGUACUUACCAAUGGAGACCUAGUAGAGAAUACCACAACGACACUUACCCCAAUUUUAGCUUCUGCGUGUUCUACCCUAGGUUUAGGAGAUGUAGACUUUCAAAUGGUAGACUUAAUAGCAGUAUAUAGAUUAGAUAAGGCAGACACUACUGGUGUCACAUUAGUCCAAGGUUCACAGGAUUUGCAAAGAGCUUAUAGGAUUGGUGAUGGUGCUAAUUUGACUCUACCUUUGCGAAAGGUAUUCCCGAACGGAUUACCAGACCAGUUCAGUGUAAUCAGUACAUUUAAUGCGCAUAACCAACAUCGUCCGUGGAGCUUAAUACGAGCUCGAUCGCAAACACUCCAGUUCUCUUUGACUUUGCUACCCAAUGUUAAGAAACUGGCUGUAUUUGUGCAAGGAUCGAGGGUCUUGUUCUCAUCUCCAGAGUUGUUCAGAUCAGGAUGGCAUAAGAUUCAUGUAGCGAUAACGAAUGAUACAGUUUACGCUGCAGUGGAUUGUGUCGAGCUAGAACCAGAAAGCAUUAGUCCUCACGACUUUACCAAUGCGACGUCAAUAACAAUAAUUACGAACGACAACGGAACACCGGCACCUAUUGACCUGCAAUGGUUAUCGUUGAGCUGCGAUCGCUAUAACUUGAGGGAAGACAAUUGUGAAGAAAUAGACAAUGAUAUACCAGAGCUAUUGAUUGUAACAUCUCCACCGUUAUUACCUGGAAAUCAAAUAUUGGAGCCGAUAUGUAAUCAAACAUGCCCACCGGGUCCCGAUGGUCUUCCGGGAGCGAAAGGCGAGCAAGGCCCUAGAGGUUACACAGGGUUGCCGGGUGUACGCGGAGUAAGUGGGCCGCCGGGGUCGGAGGGGCCUUCGGGGCCUAAGGGAGAGAAGGGAGAGAGGGGAUUACCGGGGAGUGCUGACAACGUGACUUUAGUGUCUGGUCCGUCGGGUGCGCCGGGGCGGCGUGGGGCGAAGGGGGAUAAAGGCGAUCAGGGGUUAAAAGGCGAACCGGGUGAGGCAGGGUUAGUAGGACUAGCUGGACUACCAGGUCUAGACGGAAAAGAUGGAUUGCCAGGGCCCCCAGGUCCUAUGGGGCUUCGAGGGGAGCCAGGGCCUAUCGGGCCUCCAGGACCAGCUUCUAACAUUACCUUUCCUUUGAGUCAUGGAGCAAAAGGAGAAAAGGGUAGUCCUGGUAAGCCGGGGCGUGACGGCGAGCCCGGACUGAGAGGACCACCUGGGAACGCUGGAGUUGCUGGCAUUCCCGGAUUACAAGGUCCUCCAGGUGUGCCAGGGAUGCCAGGGGAAAGAGGGCUACCAGGUACACAAGGGCUUCCCGGGGAAAGAGGGCCUGAGGGACCUCAGGGUCCUGAAGGUCAAAGAGGGUCACCGGGACCUCCCGGACCUCCUGGAGUAACAACUAGUGCAUCUAGUGUGAGUGUCCCGGGCCUUCCCGGGGCCCCGGGCGAAAAUGGACAGAAGGGGGAUCCAGGGAUUCCGGGAUUUCCCGGUAAGGAUGGGUUGGAUGGAGCGCCGGGGCCCCCGGGCGCGCGCGGCCCGCCCGGGGCCCCCGCGCCUAAUAGUAUUACUGUGCAGUCGCCAUCUUUAUCGGAAGGGGAUGUUAGGAAUAUAUGUGAAGACUUAAUAAGGGCACGAUUCCAGGAACUAUCAGCUAGUUUGAUCGCUUCAACCGUUGCUCCCAGUGUUAGAAGAGGAGCUCCGGGAAGACCAGGGCCUGCGGGCUCGCCGGGUAUACCAGGGGAACCAGGAGGUAUGGGUCCGAGGGGCUAUCCAGGGGAAACAGGGGAACCAGGACGACCAGGGAGUGAUGGGCCGCGAGGAGAUAAGGGAGAAAAAGGGGACAGAGGGCCAGAUGGUAUCGGUAUACCAGGGCCUGAAGGUCCGGGUGGAAGGCCAGGGCCGUCGGGUCCGCCGGGCCCUGAAGGACGCACCGGUUCUCACGGGGAUCCGGGGCGAGAAGGCCCAAUAGGUCCGCGGGGGUUCCCCGGACCAAGAGGUUCCUGCGAGUGUCCCGUCGCGUACUAUGCGUAUGCGCCGGUUGGGAACAACAAGGGACCC